ACGUCGCGCUUCUCAACCGAAAACUCACAAAACACCUGUGUAUAGGAGAUUUCUCACUGACUAGAGAUAUUCAGUAGCAACAAGUUGCUAGUGCGGUGUGCACGAACCGCCUACCUCUUUGGCGCAGUCAGGCUCUCGCUCGCUUCCUGCAGAGUUUGAGCAUGAAUACCCUACGUCAGAAUGAGGUUCUGGCGUGAGUGAUAGUGGAAUCUACCGCUCUGAUCUAUAGCGGAGUGAAAGCCAUGACCCGUCUUUCCUCGGGCACCCCGGAGUGUAGAAGAUUCAGCCGAUAUUCUCCGACAGCUGCCCUCGUAUUCUGGGAACCCCAUGGACCAUGUCAUGGACAGCAUCGCAGUCUCAUCGCGACCGCCGCUUCAUUUGGGAGGUUUACGUAUACGUAGGCUAUGUACUGACGGCGCUAGCUCGAAAGAAAGCAACUGCAUUGCCGGAAAUACAGUGCUUCGCUGGGUUGCCCUGGGCGUAUAAAUGGUCAACGGCACUGGGAACAUUCCCCACCCUUCUGCGUCCGUGCCUACCAAACUAUGGAGUCUUAUGGUCUGUCUAUGGCGGCCGCAGGCAUUGUGCCUACAUAUGACAGUCUUGCCAUCAAUUCCUACGGCCGUGUCGCUUCUGCGGCUUUCAUUGUCUACGACUACAGCAUUACAUUCGACAAAGAAGUCGAGAUGUUCUGGCAGGAUAUGUAUUCAAAGAAGAAGCUCACAGGGGCAACUGCGCUGUUCCUGGUCAACCGAUACCUCGUCCUCAUCCUCAGGAUAGCGAACUUGGUCGGAUUUGUUCCUAUGACGGACCAGAAAUGUGCACUCGCGACUCGGGUGGCCUUAGCUUUCACUCUACUACAAUACAUCCCCUGGGCAGCUUUUGCGGCUAUGCGGGCAUACGCGCUGAGUCGAAACAAACCCUUGUCCGCGUUGAUUUUGGUGCUAUCAAUGACAACAACCGGAAUCAAUAUGUCUUUGUUUCCUUUCGGCUUCACAGGCUAUGUCGAUCCCAUCUUUGGAUGCACGGUUAUCGAC